AUGCGAGGUGCACUAGACUAUGCUCCCCACUCUCCUUCCCCUUCCUCCCCCCCUCCCACUUUUCCACUCCCCUUUUUCUCCUUCCUUUCCUCCCAGUUGACACAUUUAGACUUGCACGCACCCCUCUCUGCCUGCCAGCCAUUCCUCCUUCCCCUCCAGUGGCUUGCAGACACACAAGGCACUUUGCUUGCUUGCUCGCACCCCUCUCUGCUCGCCCAGCACUCCUUCCCCUCCAGUGGCCAACUUCUGUGUCGGACUGUGGCUGGUUGCGCGGAGGAGGAGGAGGAGGAGGAGGAGGAGGAGGAGGAGGAGGAGGAGGAGGAGGAGGAGGAGGAGGAGGAGGAGGAGGAGGAGGAGGAGGAGGAGGAGGAGGAACCCUUGGACCACCUGCUAAGAACGGGGACAUGA